AUGACACAAUCCAGUGAUGAAUAUGAUAGUGAUAAAAUAAAAUUGGAGGAUGUAUCAGCAGCAUCAGCAGAUGAUAGUGAUAGAAAACAUGUUGAAAUGGAAGAUGGAGUCAGUAAUAGAGAGAGUAACAGUAAAGUAUAUCUAAGAACUGGCUCAGAAUAUAUAGACUACGAAGACUAUACAAGUGGACAAAGAUUUCUUGAGAAUAUGUUUGGGUACACUAUUAGCGCAAAGAAAGCCGCUAUACCAGCGGGUUACACCGUGGAGUAUACACGUGGUGGCCAGCCGUUCCUCUCUGCGCAGAUGGCAGAGAGUGUGGACGCACUCGAUAUCGCUGCGGCAACCGAGCACCGCAAACACUCACUCCCGAUGAGCUGCACGAUGCAGCAAAUCGAGGAGACCUUUGGCAUUGGAAUCUAUUUGUAUUUCGAUUUCAUUUGGUUCUGUAUUAUCAUCAAUGUCAUUCUACUGGCGACCGUUCUCGUGAGUUUCAUUCCACAUCUCUACUUUGAGAGCAACCAACAUCAAUUCCAAGACUUUUCGAUCAGAGACUAUUUCUUUAUUGCCAUUAAUCUGCGUUCCUACGUUGACGAACGUACCAGACCAUUCUAUUUCUGGUCGACGGGCGCUGCCGUCAUUCUCACCUUCCUGAUGGGACCGAUCUACGCGCUAAAGGUUCACCGAUAUUUCAAGAAUAGAAAUCUCACCGAUUUCGAAGACGGUUUCGAAGAUGACGAUGACAUCAAAUCCAACCUCAAUGUUACACGUACCUCUCGUAUUGUUAGAUUCACCUUUUCCUAUGCUAUCUUUGUAAUAUUACUUGCCAGUUCAGCCGUUUGUAAUGUAUAUGUUUUACGUACUGUUAACGAUCAUCAAUUUUUAUCUGGACUUUUAACUACAUCACUUGUAUCAUCAAUUGUUAUUAGAUUCUUUAAUAUUAUAUAUGAUUUCAUUUGUCUAUAUCUUACCUAUUUCGAAAAACACAGAACAUGGACAGGUUUCAGAAAUCACAACACUUUGAAAAUCUUUGUAUUCAAAGUAAUCAAUGUAUUAGUAUUGUAUUUGUUGCGUGACAAAAUCUUUAGUAGUUACACAAAUGAAAAGAUUGAUAAUGGUUGUCCAUUGGUUGAUGUAGGAUCACAAUUCCUUUUUAUUUUACUUUUAGAUUUGACACUUCAAAAUAUUUGGGAAAUAGUAUAUUCAGUUGGUAUGGCCCGUCUUGGUAAAUGUAUAGAGAGACGUGGAAAGAAAUCAACUGACAGCUACAAACCUGAAUUCGAUCUGGCAGAGGAGUAUCUUGAGAUUCUCUAUCGUCAAUUCAUUGUUUAUCUUGGAUUAUCGAUCUACCCGAUGGUCACAGUGUUUGGUGUCGUCUGUAACAUUGUCGAGAUCUACGUAGAUAAGUUCAGAAUGCUAAAGAUAUGUCGUAGACCUCACCGUAUUCAGGGCUCAAUGAAGAGAUUCUUGACACUAUAUCUAUUUGUGAUUGCGGUUGUUGCAGUUGCCACUUACCCAUAUGGUUCUGGUUGGGUGUUGGUUCAGAUUGGUGCAAACAAAGGAAGUCUUAACUCAAAUUGUCCCGAUUUGUUCUCACGUACACCCGAUUCAAAUCAAACAAUAUCUUUGUUUAAUUAA